CCACCUACGGGAAAUCAUGACCGCAGAUUCGUCGACGAAUGCGAGGACCAAGGAUCUCUCCCCGAAACACUCGACGCCAACAAUCUGAAACACAUUUUUGGUGGUCGUUUUUGUUUUUUGUCGUCUCCAAAAUGAACGUGAAACAGAAAGCAGAGAUGAACGAAUAAUCAGACCCACGAAAACAUCUUGUGCAAGUGAGAACUACAAACUACUGCAGUUCCGCUAAAGGAGUCUGAUGUGGAUGUGAACAUUAAGAUAAUGGAAAGUUCAGCAGGACCAAAGUUUUGUGCUCCUGAGGGUGGAGAAAUGCUCAAUCUAAAUGACAAUAGAGAGUUGAGUGUUCAUGAAUCAAAUGGUAACAUGGAACCCUAUGUUGGAAUGGAGUUUGAAUCUGAAGAGGCGGCCAUGGUAUACUAUGAUCAAUAUGCUAGGCGUGUGGGCUUCAUCAUUCGUGUCGGUAAUUGCCAUCGUUCGAGUCAUGAUGGAUCUGUUAUCAAUCGUAGGUUUCUCUGUAACAAAGAAGGUUUUCGUGUUAAUAAUAAGAAGACAAAAAGGCUUGAGGUGAGGAAACCAAGGGCGAUAACUAGAGAAGGUUGCAAAGCAAUGAUCAUGGUGAGGAAAGAGAAGUCUGGGAAGUGGGUUGUCUCAAAGCUUGAAACAAAACAUAGUCAUCCAUUGGGGAUAUCUGCUGGCAAUAAUCGUCGGAGUACCAUUCAGGCCAGACCACAGGAUGAGAAGGAUAAGAAAAUUCGUGAGCUAUCCACAGAGCUCCAUCGUGCCAACCAGCAAUUAGCACAGUGCAGAGAGCAAUUAGAAAUGAUCUUGAAAGAUAUAGAACAGCACACAAACCACCUUACUAAAAGUGUUCAGGAUGUAAUCAAGAAUGUAAAUCAGAUUGAAGUUGAGCAUAAAAAGCACUUAUAAUAUGGUUAGUCAAUGUACAUUUCUAGGAUAUUUUAUAAAGUUUUGUUUCUUUUCUAGUUUGCUAGAGUCAAAGUUCUGCAAACCCAUGGCAACUAUACAUUUAGUGGUUUUUGUCUAAGAUAUAAUUCCCAUACUGAUUUCUAA